AUGCAGCGAGUGCGGCAGCGUCGCGGGAAGCUUACGAAAGCCAAGCCCGACUUGGCGAAAGAAAAGGCUGCGUUACACCGCGUCUUGGGUGAGCCCGUGAUUCAAUUGGAGGCUCGACCACCAGGGGUCCAGGAGAUUUUGUCUCGUGGUGGCGCCGUCGAGCAGCUCCGGGAUCGCUUGGAUCGCUUGAGCGGCGAGAGCGGCGGGAGGCCAUGCCCAGUGGAUCCCUCGAAAUGUUUGCACCAACUCCGUGUGGACGAGGACAUCUUGUACUUCCCCUUCGAGCCUUUAGCACCCCAGAAAGCUGUGGCAAGUUACAGCAUCAAAGCAUGUGAUCGCGGUGGGAUCGCUUUUCUGGAAUCCCCCACAGGCACCGGAAAAAGCCUGGCUCUGCUGUGUGCAGUUCUCGCCUGGCAGCGGCGACAAGCCGAAAAAGUGACGACGGUGCCGCAGAUCGUGUAUGGAGUUCGGACACAUAGCCAGAUCAAACAGAUCGUUGGUGAGCUACGGAAGUGUGGAUACAGGCCCCGCAUGGCUGUCAUUGGCAGCCGCGAUCAGUUGUGUGCCAACGAGACCGUGAAAUCGGAGGCGCGCCGCGGUCGCGUGUCUUUGAACCUCAGCUGUCGCCAAGCGGCGCGUUGUGCGGUGGCCAACCUGCCGGGAGGCUGCAACCUCUAUCGAGGUUUGGGACAGAACAGCUAUGCGCAGCGUGUUCAUGAUCGAUAUGGCCAAGCCGGGCGCAUUUGGGAUGUGGAAGAGUUGUUAUCAUGUGCCCAGCCGAAAGCUUCUGACCAAUUUCCAGGAUGCCCGUACUACACAGCCCAUGUCUUGGCAGGAGAUGCAGACAUCGUGUUCUGCCCGCAGAACUACAUUCUGGAUCCGUCGGUGUCUCAAUGCCGUUCCCAUCAUCGUGAACGCUGGUCCUUAAAGGGUCGGAUCGUGAUCAUCGAUGCCCCUGGGCAGUGCGGUGACGGGGGUCCUUAA